AUGUUCAACAUAGCACGCAUUACUGGGGAUGAUACAAAAUAUCACCAUAUUAUUGCGCAAUUGGACCAGUCGGUGCUUCCGUUUGUGGCGGAUUUGUUGACGUCUCCUCCAGCCCGGGGGAAAUACGACGCCAUUAAGGAAAGGCUCAUCAAUUCUUUUGAUGAGUCUGCAGAAGCGAAGCUACGACGUGUUCUUCGGAGCAGCCAUUUGGGAGACGAAAAACCCUCUCAUUAUUUGCAGAAGCUUCGGAAUUUGGCUGGAAAUCAGAUCAGCGAAGUUGUACUUCGUUCUCUCUUUUUGGAGCAGCUUCCGGAAAAUAUAAGAAGCAUAUUAGUUAUCAGCGACACGAGUCUGGCCAAUUUGGCGUUGCAGGCGGAUAAAAUUCAGGAGAUGCAUUCCGUUACAAUCGCGGCGGCGUCACGCACUUCAAGUUCAGCGCCAUUACACAGGGACGGUGGCGGCAGCACCAGUACCAUGCAGAACCAGAUUGACAGGCUGGCCAAGAUGGUGGAGGCGCUGACGGUUCAUCAGUCCCGCCAGGCGGAGCAGCAGCCGCGUUCAUCAUGGCAGCGCAGGUCUCGCUCAAGGGUGGAACGGUCCCCUCAACGCCCGAGGUCACGUGAGGGUAGAAGCGACCUCUGUUUCUACCAUAGGCGCUUCGCGGAAAGGGCCCAUCGGUGCGUUAUUCCGUGCGGUUGGACUGGGACACCGCCUGUUGGUCCACCAACUUCAUCCAACCAUCUUCAGGGAAACUAG